AUGACCUGUGUUACAAGUACAAGUUGCUCACUGAUGAUUAAUGGCAAUUUGUUUGGUUUCUUUAAACCUAUGAGAGGUCUCAGACAAGGAGACCCAAUUUCUCCAUUGCUAUUUGUUAUAUGUAUGGAGUACAUGACCAGAAUUAUGAAGCAUGUGGGGCUGAAAAAGGACUUUAAGUUUCAUCCAAGAUGCAAAUCAAUACAACUCAAUCAUUUAGUUUUUGCUGAUGAUGUUUUGCUGUUUUGCAAAGGGGAGUUUGUGUCAACAUACAUGAUGCUUCAAGGGUUUAAACUAUUCUCAGAAAAAUCAGGUUUAUGUGUGAAUAAGAGUAAAACAGCUGUCUAUACAGCUGGUAUGGAGAAUGAUGAGAUAAAUAGGAUACUGAAUGUGUCUGGUUUCUCACUUGGGAAGCUCCCUUUCACCUAUCUUGGAAUGCACAUAUUCUCCACAAGGAUAAGCAAUGGGGCUUGUCAAACUCUAUGUGACAAAAUGAUAAGCAGAAUCAAAACAUGGAGCUCAAGGAACCUCUCAUAUGCUGCUAGGGUUCAAUUAAUAAAUUCAGUUCUGAUGAGCCUUCAUGUCUACUGGGGUCAAAUCAUUGUGAUUCCAAAAGGAGUGAUAAGGAAGAUUAUGGAGGUAUGUAGAUCUUUUCUGUGGAGAGGAGAAUACUUUACCUCAAGACCUGGUAAUAUUGAAUGGAAUCAAAUUUGCUUACCUAAAAAAGCAGGUGGACUUGGGUUUAGAAGGAUUGAUUAUUGGAAUCAAACUGCUUUGGGUAAACUGGUGUGGGCAAUAGCUAAAAAAGAGGAUUCCUUAUGGAUAAAGUGGAUAAACACAGUGUAUAUCAAGGAUGCAGGAUGGUGGGACUACAAGCCUCCUAAAAAUGCCAGCUGGUAUUGGAAAUGUAUUUGUGAAGUAAAAGAAAAGCUGAAAAACAAUAUAACAAUUCCUGUUAUAAUGCAAGUGCAGAAGUAUCAGAUCAAAAACGUUUACACCCUUAUGAUGGGAGAAAGUCCUAGAUGUUUUUGGGAUAAAUGGGUAUGGUGCAGGCAAGCUGUGCCCAAGUUCAACUUUGUUUGUUGGCUAGCUAUCCAAAACAGAUUAUACACAAGGGACAGGUUAGUCAAAUGGGGGGCUGUUGAUGAUGAUAAGUACCCUAUCUGCCAGAAUGUGGAAGAAUCACACCAUCACCUAUGGUUCCAGUGCACUUUCAGUAAACGAGUGCUUCAGGAGAUACUGGGUUGGUUCAAUAUCAGAUGGAUGAACAAGUAA